CCCAGAUAAGCAAAAUUCCAAUUCCUAACCUCUUCUCGAAAUUGACAUAUUUUGAGCUGUAUAAGAAAUGUCAUACGUUUAGGUUUCUUUCUUUGUUUUGCUUUUACAAAUUAGUGGAAACAUUUGUAAAAAACAUAUGUUAUAGUAUAGUAUAAUUUAUGAGAGUAUGAGAGACAUAUUCAUAUGUUGUCUUUUUAAUUUAAGGAAUGAAAUUUAUUUAUUUUUUAUAUAAGAAAUGGAUCCUAUAACAGUUCAAGCAGCAACUGCGAACGAGGAAAGCGAUAAUACUUUUGCCACAUCCGAGAAAGAAACUGACACGGCUUUUCCUGAGAAUAAUUCUGGUGACAACUCGGAAUAUGAUAGUGCUGAUGCUGAUAGCUACAGUGAAGAAGACGAAAAUGUUAAAGUAAGGUCCAGGGCAUCUGAUUUAGAUGAACAUUCAGAUGAUGACAGUCUUAUAUUAGAACGGGAAGAAGGAGAUGGGCAAGAGAGUACCCCAUCUAAAAAAGUAGAUGAUGAUGAAGACAAGAAGAACCCUCAGUACAUUCCAAAGAGGGGUACGUUCUAUGAACAUGACGAUAGGACUCUGGAAGAAAAUGAAGAAGCAAUAGAAGAAGAAGCUGAGAAAGAUAAAGAUGGGAAGAAGAAGAUUUGGCAGGACCAAAAAGAAAGAUGGUCCCAUGAUCGGUUUAAUGAACCUGAACAACAACCGAAAUCUAGAGCUGAGCUGAUCGCUAUUUAUGGUUAUGAUAUUAGAAAUGAAGAGGGGCCUCCAAGAGCCAGGAGGCGUAGGAAAUAUGGCCGUGGUCCUAAUAAGUAUACACGUAAUUGGGAAGAUGAGGAGGCCUAUACCAAACCAGCUCCGGUAAGAAAAGAAAAGAAGAACUUAAACAGGAAGAGCAGAGAAGAAUUCCCUCCCUUAGUUAGAGACACAUCAGAAACCAAUGAAGAGAGAUAUGACUUAGGAAUAACUGCAAAGGUUGAUCAAGAAUCACAAUUUAGGAAGGUAGAAACGAGAAACGAGCCUCCUGUAGACAGGGACAGGACAUAUCCACCACCCAGAGCUGAAAACUCUUUGAAUAAUUCUAGUUCUCAAGACAAUUAUAACAAUAAGGGCAAUCAAUCUAGAGUAGGAUCAGGUCGUAUCAGUGGUAGUGUAAAGGAAUUCAAUGAAGCUGAGUAUAACGGAUUUACCACAAAAUCUAGGAAUGCCAGAAAUAGGAAAUCAACACCACAAAAGAUAUUACCGGCUAAAGGUCGUCCCAAGGAUGACUUUAUUCAGUCACAGAACUUUUAUACUUCUAAUAAAAAUAACGAUUUAGAAAAAGACAUGAGUAAACUGAAUAUCGAUGAAGGUAAUGGAAAUAAAUCUAGCACUGGUAGGAGUAGUUUUAACAAUAAUGCGAAUAAUCAACGGCAGAGUAGUGUACCACCAAGAUUACAAGGUGAACAGAAAGGAUCCAAAAGAUAUAGUUCAAUCCGACAAAAGAGUUUGCCAGAAACUAAUACGCCACCGCUUACAAAUUUCCAACACCCACCUACGUAUUAUCCCAAUGAAUACAAUCAACAGUCCGUCCCAUCUCCAACUCAACCUAUUAUCCACCAAAACGCCGCAAUACUAUCAUCUACGGCUCAAGUGGCUCACGUUUCCGCUCUUCAACCUGCAGCUUUACCCCAGCAAGUUCCCGUAACAGCUGCUCCUCUGCUGCAAGCUGCAACUUUUGCGCCCCAAGCGUACGCUCCGCCUCCACCUGCCUUCAUUCAACCUGGACCUGUAGCCGGUCCGCCAUUUAUACCAGGACCGCCGAAUCCACAACUUCUCAACUUUGUGCAAAGUCAGCCGACUUUUCCACCAAACUUUCAGGGAUAUCAGCAACCAUUUAAUAAUGUGACUCCCCCAACCGAAUUAUAUCAACCUCAAGGAGGUAUAACUUAUUAUUCGGCCGAUCAACAACUUGCUCAACAACGACAAAUUCAUCAAAAGCGUCCGAAAGCAGCUAUUCCAAUAGUGGCCCCGCCAUCCUACGAGAAAAAGGAAGACAAUGGAAAUGGUCACCAACAGGGUGGUCAUGCCCAAAUUGAAAAUGACAGCGUCGUAGAGGUUCAAUGACACAGAGGAUAUUAUCGUUAAAGGGUUUAUAUAUUUUUAGAACUUUAAAAAGGGUAAACCCUGUAGUUGGCUGUAUACCUUCGAUAAGACAACGUAGAAUGAAAUAAACACUUCUGUUGUAUGUAGGUAUAUAUGAAUUUAUUAAAAAUUCUUUAAAAUUCAUCCACAAGGUAGUGGCAAAUUACAAAAUACAAAACGUUUUCGGUCUAAUCUGACCAUCAUCAGUGUGAACGUCCGGUGUACAAGUACAUAUUUGGAACUAGCCACUUCAUUAGGUGUAGAAACCUCUAAAUUACAUUGUUGUUGUAUUUAACAUUAUACAGUAAACGACAUUAAGUCGAUGUAUUAAGUAUAUUGAGAACCUUGUGGUUGGUUCCUCUCACCCGAGCAGUACGUGCAUCUUUCGAGUUAGGAUGAAAUACAUCCACAUGGUUCUCAAUAAUCUUAAUACAUCGACUUAAUGUCGCUUACUUUAUAAUGUUAAAUACAACAACAAUGUAAUUUAGAGGUUUUUACACCUAAUGAAGUGGCUAGUUCCAAAUAUUUGUACACCGGACGUUCACACUGAUGAUGGUCAGUUUAGACUGAAAACGUUUUGUGUUUUGUAAUUUUCCACCACUUUGCGGAUAUAUUUUAAGAAUUCUUAAUAAAUUCAUAUAUACCUACAUACUACAGAAGUGUUUACUUCAUUCUACGUUAUAUAUUUUUAGUUUCGCUCUUUUACAUGAGGUGUGUUAAGUUUUGGAUAUUGAUGCUAAAGAAAUAAUGGAUUUUAAAAUUUCUUUUUAGUCUUGCGAAACUUUAUAAUAUACUUAUUUAUAAAAUUAGUAUACAAUUAAUUCUGAAAUUUAAACCAGAAUAAAAUACUUUAUAUAUUUAUAUGCUAUCCCAUUAUAGUCCAUUGAAUCACGGUUUUUGCUCCAAAUUUAAAUAACCGCUUGGAUUGACAUGAAAUUUGGCAUACACAUAGGAAACAUGUCAAAGAAGAAAAGUGAUAUUGUGCCGAUGUGGGCUUUUGCCCUGGGGGCGAGUUUCGCGCCUUCUCGGGGGUGAAAAAAUAUACGUUCAAAAUAAGUCCGAAAAUGAAUAAACUGACUAAUUCUAACCAACUUUUGUUCUAUAGCACUUUUUCACGAAGUUAAUACUUUUCGAGUUAUUUGCGAGUUAAAAUGUUAAUUUUUAAACAAAAUAACUACAUUUUUAGACGGUUUCUCGCAAAUAACUCAAAAAGUAAGUAUUUUAUGGAAAAAACAUUCUUAGCAAAAAUAUAGCUUAUAAAUAAUUGAAAAAAUGGUGUAAGCUUGAAGCCUCUAGACCCAGCAGAAGUAAAGUUGUAGCUAAUAAAAAUAGCUAAAAAUAAUUAAAAAUCAUAUUCGUCAAAUUUCAAAGCGAAUAUUUCAACGUGAAAUAAUCAAAAAAUUAUGCACUUUUUGGGGAAAACUUUAUGCUAACUUAUUUAAAGUAUUUAAAAAAAUUUUAUUUUUGUUUUUUUAAAAAGUUUCCAACAUCAAUGGUAAGCAAGAUACUGUCAGAAUAAAGUUGUUCCCUUUUUUUUAGUCAAAAAAGCUCGGGAAAGUCACCCCGUAAUUAGCAUCUUAAAUCAAAUUAAUCGUUACCGCUUCUCAAGUUACUUUACCUAUGUAUUAUUUAUAUGAUCUGGAAGUUGUAUCGGUUCAAAGGGCUUAUUUUUAAAAAAAUUUGGUUUUAAAAUAUUUUUUUUUAAUUUUGAAAUAAAUGCUUUAUUUUCAAAAUAACUUACAAUUUAUUAGUGAUAACCAAAAAUCACACAGAAUAAAAAAUGUAGGUUUUGUUUUCUGAAUAUUUUGGAUUUUUUGUUUUUCUUUAAGACAAAUAUUGGUUGAGAUAUGGCUGUUCAAAAUUUGCAUAUAUUCGUGAAUAAUGGCUAGUUCAAGCCCUUUCAACUACCACCCCUUCAAAAAUAAGCACUUUAAACCGGUGAAACUUACAGAUCAUAUAAACAAUACAUACACGAGUAAAGCAACAUGUGAAGUGGUAACGAUUAAUUUCAUUUGUGAUGCUAAUUAGGAGGUGAAUUUCACGAUUUUUUUCCAAAAAAAAAGGGACUUAUUUGGAGCGUAACUACCUUAAUUUUAUGAUAGAAACUUUUUUAAAAAUAAAAAUAAAGCUUUUUUAAACAUUUUAAAAAAGUUUCCCCAAAAACUGGUUUAUUUUGUGGUUAUUUCACGUUGAAAUAUUCAAUUUGGAAUUUGGCGAGUAUGAACGUAUUUUUCAUUAGUUACAACUGAUCUUUUACUGUUACAUUGAUCUUUUACAUUUUUGUUCACAUUUUUGGCCUAUAUUUUUGCUAAGAAUGUUUUUUUCGAUAAAAUACUUUUUUAUUUGCAAAAAACCGUCUAAAAUGUGUUUCUUUUUUUGUUGAAAAAUGAACAUAUUUACUCGCAAAUAUCUCGAAAAGUAUUAACUAAGUGAAAAAAUGCUAUAGAACAAAAGUUGCUUAGAAUUACUCAAUUUGUCCAUUUACCAAUUUGUCCAAUUUGUAUUCAAAGCACACAUCGGCACAAUAUCACUUUUCUUCUUUGACAUAUUACCUAUGUGUAUGCCAAAUUUCAUGUCAAUCUAAGUGGUUCUUUAAAAUUUAUAGGUUUUGCAAUAUUUUGCCAUCAGCGAACGGACUAUUACCGAGUCUAUUGCUUCUGUCACCCUUCUUAUAGCAGGAUAUCUACACCUUUUUAUUUUGCAGUUUUCUGCGAAUUGCCAGUUGAUCUGAGUAAGGUUAUUCGAAUGCCCAACUCUGCUAUAUAAUGCCCCAUCGAUGAAAUUAGUAGAUGGUUGGGAUGUUUAGAUUAGACUUUAUAACUAUGCUCCCGUAUAUUUCUGGUUCUGUACUUCUUUGUUUAUUAAAUUCCGCGCCUGAAAUGUAAGCGCUUAAGUCUUUGGGGGUCUAUAAUAAUGAUAAUACGAUUGUUUUUCCGGUGUAUCUGGAGUCUGUAACUAUUUCUUCCUUAUCUGUAAUAAGUCGCUGCCUUCAUUCUUACGUAAACAACGGUGCGGGGUGCAAUUACACCCCAUCUGUAAUGUGUAUGUCGGGGAAAUUGAUUUUAAAUAUACUUAGAACUUGUUUAUUACAGUAUGAAACAUAAUUUUACAAACAAAGUACUUAUUUCUUCUUUAAAAAAAUAGUUUUCGUUGCAAGACAAAGACAUGAAAUUUUUCACAGAGUGAGCAACAAAAACAUUUAACAGAGAGAGCAUAUUAUUUGUGUUUUCAUAUCUGUAGAUAACAUUUUCUUUCACCAAUUCCCGUCCUAAUUUUAAUAAAAAACUUCUUAUAAUACAAUACGAAUAAUAUAAUUCAAUUAUAUUCAAUAAUACAAUUCGUAUAUAAUAGAAUACGAAUCCUUAGAUAAUGUGCACUUAAUGAAAAUGCUAAUCCAUUGUGUGUCAUCAUUCAUCAUUCUCUUUGCCUUAUCCCUAUGCGGGGUCGGCUUCCCUAAUUGCAUUUCUCCACACAAUUCUAUCUUGGGUCAUAUCAAUGUUAAUCCCCUUUACCAACAUGUCCUGCAUUAUCGCCUCCCCCAGGUCUUCUUUGGUCUUCCUCUCCUACUCCUUCCAGGAAUCUGCACUUCAGCUAUUCUUCGUAUUGGGUGAUUAACGUCUCGACGUUGAACAUGACCAAACCAUCUUAACCUAUGCUCUCUCAUUUUGGCAUCAAUUGGUGCCACACCUAGACUUCCCCUAAUAUACUCAUUUCUAAUUUUAUCCUUCUUUGUCACUCCACUCAUCCAUCUAAGCAUUCUCAGUUCCGCCACAUGCAUUCGUUGUUCCUCUUUCUUUUUCACUGCCCAACAUUCAGUUCCGUGCAUCAUAGCCAUUGUGUGUAUAUCAGUCAUAUUCCAGAAUAUUAUUUCCACUGCUGGGCUACAACAGGGCACUUAAACUUGUUGAUGUUCAAAUUAAACUCCAUCUCUCCACUCUUGUGUCACGCAGUUUAACAGUUAUUACAAGUAUCACAGUGUGUUAGAAGUACAGUAUCAUGUACGUAUCCAACAUUAUUAAUUAUAACUGCACUGCUAAGAAUAAUACCUAGUUGUCCUUUAUACUACGCUUGCUGGAAGAUGUUUUCAGAAUACAAGUUGAACAAAAGAGGUGACAACACGCAGCCUUGUCGAACCCCAGUCAUGAUUAAUAUAUCUUUUGACAAAUUCAUGUCUUUUGUUGCUUUUGCGUUCUGAUGCUGAAAAGAUUUACUAUUAUUGUUUUGUCUUGUUAAUAUUUUGAUAAUUUUUUAUGUCGGAUCAUAUCGAAAGCUUUCCUGUAAUCGGUAAAACAAGUUAACACAUUUAAAAACAUAUCCCGGCAUGCCUGUAUCAACACUUUCAUGUUGAGAAUAACCCCUUAGGUUAUUCCAACUUAUUACCACAAAGAGCUUCUAUAGAUUUAGCGUCUUUUGUUUCUUUUCCUGGUUUUCCUCCUUCCUAGGCAUAUUUAAAAAGUUACUUUUACGUAAUGUGAAAUACCGAUUAUUCCCGAAUAGCCUAUAAGUAAUCUUGAAAAUAAACCUUGAAACUAAUUGACUAAGUAAAAACUUACAAUUCAUGAAAAUCACAAAACAAAUUUUGUUCUGUAGAGAGUGGUACAAUUACAGCAAGCCGUUACUUCUAACUCUACUGAUACCUGGAAGUCGUCCUUGAAUAGUCCAUGACAUUUCAUAUCUAUCGAUCAAAAUAAUAAUUAUUAAUUCUCAUAAUCAUUAUAUGGCUGGAAGAAAUAUUGGACUUCCUGCUGAGUAUGCUGGUGGAAUGCAGUAUGACCAACAUAUACUAGUAGUCCAAGAGGCAGCGCUGAAAAAUCUCUUUGGAUUUACUAAAGCUAGAUUUUUCACAGUUAAUUACUGUGGUUGUGUAGAGAAACAUACUGCGGUCGGUCAAGCGAAACGUAGAACAGGGGUUACUGAGAGGGUAUCAAAGUUGCUUUCCUACGAAGGUAAUUAAAUCCAUUUACUAAGGCUGAAAAUCAGUACACACAUUCUAAAUUAAAUAUAAAUAAAAGUUAUUAUAGUCGGUCAGCUGUAUGACGGGACAGAGCCGGUCGGUCGGCCCCAGUGAAUGUACAGGGUUAUUCACUAUAUUUUGACCCCCUUGUAAACUGCUUUAUUUACAGAAUUAGAAAAAAAUGUAAAAUACAAAAGUAGCUUUAUGAUGGGACAGAGCCGGUCGGUCGGCCCCAAUGAAUGUACAGGGUUAUUCACUAUAUUUUGACCCCCUUAUAAACUGCUUUAUUUACAGAAUUAGAAAAAAAUGUAAAAUACAAAAGUUAUUCUAUUUUUAAAUUAUGAUUUUUUGACAUAUAUAUCGUACUAGUGAGGUCAUCCAUUGGGGCGUGAUGAACUAUUUUUUUAAAUGGGAAUAGGGGUCGAGUGCUAGCUCAUUUCAAAGGUUAUUCAAUUCCCUAUUCAGUAAUAUAAACAUUAACAUGAUUAAUUAUACAGGUUGUCCAAAAAAAAUGUUUUUAAUUAAAUUAAUUGUUUAAUUAAUAAUUCAAAAAUUUUUAGGACACCCUGUAUAAAUAAUGAUGUUAAUGUUUAUAGUACUGUAUAGAGAAUUGAAUGCUGAAUGCAAGAAUGCAGGGAAGAAGACCUGUUGGAAGACCUAAAAAGAGAUGGGAAGACGAAGUCGAUGAGGAUGCCAGGAACUUUCUGGGAACGCGUUCAUGGAAAAGAACAGCGGUAAAUCGAAAUGAUUGGAGAAGCUUAUUGAAGGAGGCCAAGGCUCGAUUUGGGCUGUAGUGCCAUUGGAUGGAUGGAUGGAUAGAGAAUUGAAUAACCUUUCAAAUGAGAUAGCACACGACCCCUAUUCUCAUUUAAAAAAAUAGUCGAUUACGUCAUCACGCCCAGAUGGAUGACGUCACUAGUACGAUAUAUAUGUCAAAAAAUUAUAAUUAAAAAAUCGAAUAACUUUUGUAUUUUACAUUUUUUCUAAUUCUGUAAAUAAAGCAGUUUACAAUGGGGUCAAAAUACAGUGAAUAAGCCUGUACAUUCAUUGGGGCCGACCGACCGGCUCUGUCCCGUCAUACAGCUGACCGACUAUAAUAACUUUUAUUUAUAUUCAAUUUAGAAUGUGUGUACCAAUGAACUGUCAAUACGGAUGGAAUGGCCAUGUCCCAUUCAAAUAGUGAAGCAAGAUUGACACCAACAUACAAGAGAGAGGUCCUAGAGAGAGACAGACAAGGUGGUGGAAACUUUGACAGGCCGUGUAAUUUGAGUUGCCUAUAUAAAUGGACCCGAUUGAAUCAGUAUUUACAGUUCGUUGAAUAUUUUAACUUGGCUAAGGCCUAAUGCUGAUUGGCAGUACAUAUUUCAAAAUUUAACCACUUUUUUGUAUUUAGGGGAUAAAUAUAGUACACAGUGCCAUACUUGGUGUUUAGAUACUUUUCAGAAUUGUUAUUUGUAUUUAUCAAAACAAAUACCUACUUUCCUAAAGUAUUUGGGAGUUAAAUAAUUUUAAAACUAUUUAAAUACUAAAUUAGUGACUGUUUUAUAUUAAGUGAAGAAGUCCUUGAUUAUGUUUUUAUGUUACUUUUAUAUUUUAGACUUUUAUAUUUCCCCGAUUUAAGUUGAUAUAGGCAACUCAAAUUACACGGCCUGUCAAAGUUUCCACCACCUUGUCUGUCUCUCUCUAGGACCUCUCUCUUUUAUCGUGGAUGCAUUAGUUGUCUUUGUGCCUAUUCCAUCCGUAUUGACAGUUCAUUGGUGUGUACUGAUUUUCAGCCUUAGUAAAUGGAUUUAAUUACCUUCGUAGAAAAGCAACUUUGAUACCCUCUCAGUAACCCCUGUUCUACGUUUCGCUUGACCGACCGCAGUAUGUUUCUCUACACAAUCACAGUAAUCAACUGUGAAAAAUUUAGCUUAGUAAAUUCAAAGAGAUUUUUCAGCGCUGUCUCCGCGUCUAUAGUGUUUGUCUGAGCAACACUUAUAUAUGUCAUGUUUUCUCUUAGAAAUAUGAUUAGCGCAUCUAUAGUGAACAAUGUACGUUCGAUCAUUUCUAGAUUCUAAACAUUAACUUUGCAUAUACCGUAAGCCUCACGCUAGUAAACACACGGGUAUCUAAUUUCUGGCUUAGGCUAAACCGGCCUGUUCUCACCUUUGACUUUCAUGUCUUGUCAUGUCAUGUGACUCUCAUAAAACUAUUCAAAAUAAUUGUUUUUCCAAACAAAAAAUGCAUUAAUUAAUAGUAGUGUAACUCUGCUUUAAAAUAAAUGUAUUCAAACGCCAAUAAUAUUACCAUACUUUAUGACUUUUACAACUUUAACAGAACGACAACUAUAAACUUCAAAUACAGCUGUUCUAUAAUCUGUCAACUUUCUAUGUUUAUAUUCGGUUUCUAUACAUUUACUGACGUUCUGGACGUCGCUAGACAUAAAAGUAAACAGUGCAACAAGCGAAGGGUCCAGGACUGUAUUAGCUCAAUGUACCCGUGUGUCUAGUAGCGUGGCGGUUACUGUAUAGCUAUGAAUGUAAUAUAGCAAAUCUUAUUUUUUAUCAAUAUUGUACUAUCAUAGUAUGUGUAAAAGUAGUAAAAAAUAUUGCCGCAAUUUCAGAUAACAAAACUACUGUGAAAUAUUGAGUUUCAACAAAUUGCUGUCAAUAGAGUUGAAUAAUUUUUGUUUGAUAGUUACACAAUAUGGUUUCAGUGCAAAUAAUUGUCAAGUGUAAAAGACUUUUACAAAAGUUUAUCAAGUUAUAUGAAUCAUUAUAUGGUAGUGGUGGCAGCAUACAAUUGUUUGUAGAAUUUAGUUUUCUAGAAACCUGAAAUAUAAACAUCCGGUUUCAUAAUUUUAUCGUGCAUUAUACUUAAUUCUGAAUACAAGUCAUUAUCAGUUUUUGUAUAUACACUAAGCAUCAAAAUUAACGCACCACCUUAAAAAUGGGCAUUUUUGAUGUCUCAUAUUUCCUAAACCUGUUGUCCGAUUUGAGUGAUAUUUUAGUAUAUUAUAGCUAUAUUCCUCAAGAAUUUCGACGUAAUAAUAUUAUUGCUAAACGGGUGUCAUUGUAUACCGGGUGUAAAAAUGAUAUUGCGUUUUUUACUCAAAGUUUGGAACACCCUGUGGAAUAUUGUAGCGUAUAUAAAAUAUUAAAAUUAAAACUUAACUGUAGCCUUAGACUUUCUUAAUAUUUUUCUUUUUGAUUCAUUCGCUUAUGUGGGAUAUUAAACAAGUUAGGUAUUCUUGUUCUCAUGAUCAUCUUUCAGUGCGUCACAGUUUUUCGAUUUCUUUCUAACGCAUUAAAUUGUAUGUGACAGAAAAAAAGGCACGUCCUUGAUUACAGACAUUUACAACAUUUAUUCUAGUUGUCGAUAGAUGGCGCCAUAAUAAAAACAAUAAUUUUUUUUAAUUAGAUAAUAAUAUUACAAAUAUAAUCUGUAUAAUUUAUAAGACUAUAGAAAUCAAAGAAAAUACCAUUUUAUAAAUGCAAGAAACACAUUUGAUUUGUUUUUAUUCCAAAUUGAAAAUAAAAUGUGACAACUGUCAGAUUUAACUAAAAUGUCAUGUUAGAAUAAAUGUCAUAAAUGUGUAUUAUCACGGACUUACCCUUUUUCCUAUCAUUUGUUACGCACUGAAAAAUGCUCAUGAAAAGGACAAUAUUUUAACAACUAACUAUGUUAUUCAUCAAUACAGUGUGUUUCUAAAUAAUUGCGACAAACUUUAAGGGGUAAUUCUGCAUGAAAAAAUAAUGACCGUUUGCUUUACAAAUAUAUGUCCACAAAUGAUUCGUUUCCGAGAUACGGGAUGUUGAAUUUUUUCUGACAAACUGACGAUUUAUUUAUUGCUCUAAAACCGGUUCAGAUAUGCAAAUGAAAUUUGGUGGGUUUUAAGAGGUAUACAGAGUGUUUCAUUAAUAAUUGUCCAUAUAGUAACUGUAGAAAACUUAGCACAAAAUACGAAGAUUUAACCUAACACACUUAAAUAAAAUGUUGUUCCUUACUGAGUUACAGGGUGUUUUAUCUAAAAAUUUAAAAACUAUUUUUGCUCAGCAUUUUAAAACUAUUAGACGUAUCCUUUUCAUACUUGGCAGGAAGUAUAGGUACUGUACAAACUACUAAAUUAUGUUAAACAAACGUUUAUGGCUAUUACCAGAGGCGUACGACGGGGGAAAGUGAAUGGUUGACCCUUUCCAAAUUCUACGCCACUGGCGAAAUUGCUAUUUUAGUUCAAUUUUUGGAUUCUCCAAUACUUUCUAUGAAAAUAAUAUACUCUUCAUUCGUAACGAUAAAGUCAUUAGUUUUCGAGAUCUUUGAAGUUAAAAAUCAAACGACACGGUUAUUUUGAUUAGUGUAUUGUAUCGCUUAAUUUUUAAUUUCAAUUAUUCCGAAAACUAAUCAUUUUAUCGUUACGAAUGAGUAGUAUAUUAUUUACAUAAAAAGUAUUGCAAAAUCAAAAAAUUACACUAAAAUAGCAAUUUCGUCAGUGGCGUAGAAUUUGGGAAGAGUCAACCAGCCACUAUCCCCUGUCGUACGCCUCUGGUAGUAGCUAGAAACGUUUAUUUAUCUUAAUUUAGUAGGGUGUACAGUACCUACACUUUCUGCCAAUUAUGAUAAGGAUGCGCGAAAUAGUUUUAAAGUACUGGGUACAAAUAAUUUUUAAAUUUUAAUCAUAUUAUAAAUUAAUCAAAAUAAUUGUGCCAUUUCAUAUUUAACUUCAAAUAUCUCGAAAACUAAUGACUUUAUCGUUACCAAUGAAGAGUAUAUUAUUUACGUAAAAAGUAUUGGAGAAUCUAAAAAUGGCACUAAAAUAGUAAUUCCUCCAGUGACGUAGAAUUUGAGAAGGGUCAACCAUUCACCAUCCCCUGUCGUACGCCUCUGGUAGUAGCUAGAAACGUUUGUUUAUCAUAAAUUAGUAGGGUGUCUAGUAUUCGCACUUUCUGCCAAGUAUGAAACGGAUACCUCAAAUAGUUUUAAAAUGCUGAGCGAAAAUAGUUUUUAAUAUUUUAGAUAAAACACCCUGUAACUCAGUAAGGAACCACAUUUUAUUUAAGUGUUUUAGGUUAAAUCUUCGUAUUUUGUGCUAAGAUUUCUCCAGUUACUAUAUGGACAAUUAUUAAUGAAACACCCUGUAUAUUGCGCAUUUUUGACAUACAAUUAAGAAUUUUAUAUUCACCAUUGGCGUGCAUACGGGAUGUAUCUAAAAUGUUUAGACCCGUAUGCACGCCACUGGUGAAUAUAAAAUUCUUAAUUAUAUGUCAAAAAUGCGCAAUAACUACCUCUUAAAACCUACUAAAUUUCAUUUGCAUAUCUGAACCAGUUUUAGAGCAAUAAAUAAAUAGACAGUUUGUAAGAAAAAAUUCAACAUCCCGUGUCUCGGAAACAAAGCAUUUGCGGACAUAUGCUUAUAAAGCAAACGGUCAUUAUUUUUUUAUGCAGAAUUACCCCGAAGAGUUUGUCUCACUGAUUUAGAAACACCCUGUAUUAAUGAAUAACAUGGUUAGUUGUUAAAGUACCUAACUUUUUUAUUAUCCCACAUAAACUAAGGAAUUAAAAAGCAAAAUAUUAAAAAAGCCUAAGCCUACAGUUGAGUUUUAAUUACAAUAUUUUAUAUACGCUAGAAUAUUCCACAGGGUGUUCCAAACUUUGUGGAAAAAAUACACUAUCAUUGUUACACCCGGUAUACAAUGACACUUACCUGUUUAGCAACAAUGUUAUUACAUUGAUAUUCUUGAAGAAUAAAGCUGUCAUAUACUAAAAAAAUCACUCAAAUCGGACAACAGGUUUAGGAAAUACGAGACAUCAAAAAUGUCCCAUUUUUAAGGUGGUGCGUUAAUUUUGAUGCUUAGUGUAUUUUGUAAUUUUGGUUAUAUAGUAUAAUAUAGUUGAUCCAAAAGAUGGCAUAACCCAGACAUCCAAAGUGAAAGUUAUCCUUCAACACCAAAUUGUUCUAUAUGGUCCACACAAUGUCCAGAAAAAAGUCACAUCAUUUUGAGCGUCGGAUUUGUGGGGGAGAGGGGGGAGAAAUCGGUAAAUUCGUAGUUUUUUAAGUUUUUCGCCAAUAUUUCUAAAACUAUGCGGUUUAGCAUGAACAACCUUCUAUACAAAAUUGUUCUACAUUAAAUUUGAAAUAAAAAAGGCCCUAUGCAUAAUCUUUCUAAAAUGAAUGGUUCCAAAGUUACGGAGGUAGUAUAGUAUAACUGGUCCAAAAAAGGCCUAACCCAAACAUCCAAAGUAAAAGUUUUCCUCCAACACCAAAAUGUUCUAUAUGUAAAGUUUUCUUCCAACACCAAAAUGCUCUAUAUGGUCCACAUAUUGUUCAGUAAAAAGUUACACCAUUUUGAGCGUCCGGUUUGGGAGGGAGAUGGGAGAGAAGCCGGUAAAUUAGUAGUUUUUUAAAUUGUUCGUCAAUAUUUCUAAAACUAUGCUUUAGCGUAAACAAUGUUAUAUACCAAAAUGUUCUACAUGAAAUUUAAAACAAAAAAUAUUCUAUACAUAAUUGUUAUAAAAUCAACGGUUCCAGAGUUACGGAGGGUGAAAAGUCGAGGUUUUCGAUACUUUUUAUAUUCUUUGGGCAAUAUUUAUGAUAUAACUAUACCAAAAACCCAGACAUUUAAAGUGAAAGUUAUCCACCAACACCAAAUUGUUCUAUAUAGUCCACAUAAUGUUCAGAAAAAUGUCACACCAUUUUGAGCGUCGGGUUUGGGGGGAGAGGGAGGAGAAAUCGGUAAAUAUAAGAAGUAUCGAAAACCUCCACUUUUCACCCUCCGUAACUCUGGAACCGUUGAUUUUAUAACAAUUAUGUAUGGAACCUUUUUUGUUUUAAAUUUUAUGUAGAACAUUUUUCUAUAGAACAUUCCUUACGCUAAAGCAUAGUUUUAGAAAUAUUGACGAAAAACGUAAAAAAAACUACUAAUUUACCGACUUCUCCCCCAUCUUCCCCCCAAACCGGAAGCUCAAAAUGGUGUAACUUUUUACUGAACAAUAUGUGGACCAUAUAGAACAAUUUGGUGUUGAAGGAAAACUUUUACUUUGGAUGUCUGGGUUAGGCCUUUUUUUGGACCAAUUAUACUAUACUACCUCCGUGACUUUGGAACCGUUCAUUUUAGAAGGGUUAUGCAUAGGGCCUUUUUUAUUUCAAAUUUAAUGUAGAACAAUUUUGUGUAGAGGGUUGUUCAUGCUAAACCGCUUAGUUUUAGAAAUAUUGACGAGAAACGUAAAAAACUACGAAUUUGCAGAUUUCUCCCCCCUCUCCCCCCAAAUCCGACGCUCAAAAUGGUGUGACUUUUUUCUGAACAUUAUGUGGACCAUAUAGAACAAUUUGGUGUUGGAGGAUAACUUUCACUUUGGAUGUCUGGGUUUGGGUCUAACUAUACCAUACUAAUAUAAGCAUCCGUCGAACUCAGAACUCACGCUGAUUUCAAAUAUCAACAAAUGAGUUCAAAUGGUUCAAAUACGACAGGGCAAGUUGCAAAGAACGUUAUUCUCCAUCCUUUUAACCCUUUCGCUGCAGAUGGAAUUAAUAAGGUUCAUCUUAAAUAAACUAAGUAUAGUCUAUAGAUUUGUCUGUCUUGGAAUAAAAAUUUUAUUGUUUUGCAUGUCCUCCUUUUUUAAUAAUUUACACAAACAAAUAUUUGCUCUGAUAGAAAUUCUAAAAAGUUAUAUAGAUUUUUUACAUGCAUGAUAUAGGACAAAUACGUUCUAGCUAUAGUAUGUGUAUAAUUAAACAUAGAAUAAUCAUCAGUGUUAUAUUUUGAUAUAAAGAAAGAAUAUAAAGUAUGUUUUGUAAUUAUUUGUAAUACAUUUUUACUCUCCUGUUAGAUUAUGGAGAAAAUAUCAGGUUAAAUAUAAUUAAAAUACAAUAUUAUGAAUUUAUUAUGUAUUUAUUUAUUGAUUAUUUAACAUAAAAAUUCAAUUAACUAAUAAUUAUAAAAUAAAGUACACGUUUGAAAAA